AUGACAGUAACGGUAACGGAUAAAAAGGCAUGCUCUACUUCAAUUGAUGUGAAGAAGACACGUUUAACCACCACCUGGAGCCCCCAAGAUCAAAUCCCCGAGUUUGUGAGAAAUGAGCUUUCCAAACCCCACCCAAACUACAUCCUGGCGUUUUUAAACGUUGUGCAACAAUUAAAAAUCCAAAAGAGGACCGGUUUUCUCGACUUUGGCAUCGUUGAAUGCGAGAGUAUCUCGGACCAUAUGUACAGAUUAGGCAUAAUCACUAUGCUCAUCAAGGACCCGAAAGUCAACCGUGACAAAUGUGUCCGAAUCGCACUAGUACACGAUAUUGCCGAAUCCUUAGUAGGCGAUAUCACCCCAGUCGACCCCAUCGGGAAGGAGGAAAAACACCGUCGUGAAUGGGAAACUAUAAAAUAUUUAUGCAAUAUCUUAAUCAAGCCAUACAAUGAGAUCGCGGCAAAGGAAAUAAUGGACGAUUGGCUGUCUUAUGAAAACGUCACUUCAUUGGAAGCUCGAUACGUGAAAGAUAUUGACAAAUAUGAAAUGCUGGUGCAAUGUUUUGAAUACGAAAGGCAAUACAAAGGAAGGAAAAAUUUCGAUGAUUUCUUUAGAGCUGUAACCAGUGUCAAGACUGACGAGGUGAAAAGCUGGACUGAUGACCUUGUCAUACAGCGCCAAGACUUUUUUGCUAAGUUGCCUCAAUUGAACGAAUAA